GGGCGAGGCCGCGCCUGCAUGCGCGGCACAGCCCCGGCGUAGCCCGGGGCUGCCGGUGCCGACCGCGCCAUUGUUGGGGGAGGGGGUAGCUGCGGAGCGCGGCGGAAUCGGGGGCGAGCGAGGGCGUCGGGGAGUGGAGGCGCCCCAUGGGGAACACGCUGACCUGUUGCGUGUCCCCCAAUGCUAGCCCCAAGCUGGGCCGGCCCGCGGGGCCGGCGCAGCCAGACUACGAGUCUGAGAUCUACGAGGCGGUGGCCGGGGACGCGGUGGCAGUACCGCCGGCUCCUGCAGCCGUGGAGCCCGCCGAGUUAGAUUUCGGAGCCGGCGAGAGCCACCACCUGCAGCACAUCAGCGACCGGGAGAUGCCCGAAGACUUAGCUUUGGAAUCAAACCCUUCUGACCAUCCAAGGGCAAGCACAAUUUUCCUGAGCAAAUCUCAAACGGAUGUUCGAGAAAAGAGGAAGAGCAACCAUUUAAACCAUGUAUCUCCAGGGCAGCUUACUAAAAAGUAUAGCUCAUGCUCAACAAUAUUUCUAGAUGACAGCACAGUCAGCCAGCCUAAUCUUAGAGCCACAAUAAAAUGCGUGACCUUAGCAAUAUAUUACCACAUAAAGAACAGAGAUGCAAAUAGAUCCUUGGAUAUUUUUGAUGAGAGGUCACAUCCACUCACACGAGAAAAAGUUCCAGAGGAGUACUUUAAGCAUGAUCCUGAACACAAAUUUAUUUACAGAUUUGUUCGUACUCUUUUCAGUGCUGCACAGCUAACAGCUGAAUGUGCAAUAGUAACUUUGGUUUACUUAGAAAGGCUUUUAACUUAUGCUGAGAUCGACAUUUGUCCCACUAACUGGAAAAGAAUUGUUUUGGGAGCCAUUCUUCUUGCCUCCAAGGUUUGGGACGAUCAGGCUGUAUGGAAUGUGGACUACUGCCAGAUCCUCAAGGACAUUACAGUUGAGGACAUGAAUGAGAUGGAAAGGCAUUUUUUGGAGCUACUUCAGUUUAAUAUUAAUGUCCCCGCCAGUGUUUAUGCCAAAUACUACUUUGACCUUCGCUCCUUAGCAGAUGACAACAACUUGAAUUUUCUGUUUGCUCCUCUUAGCAAAGAAAGAGCACAGAACCUAGAGGCCAUUUCCAGAUUGUGUGAAGACAAAUACAAAGACUUGUGCAAAGCUGCUAUUAGAAGGUCUUUCAGUGCUGAUAAUUUCAUUGGUGUUCAGCGCUCUAAUGCCAUCCUCUCUUAAGGGAGAAGGGAGGGCUUGUAACAUCAUGAACCCUGCAUCUACAAGGACUGGAGCAAUGCCACCUCUCCUGCUCAGAAACCAGCAAAGCACUACUUAUUAGCAUAUUCGUAUGCUUGGGAUCAUACACAAGAGGAACCCCUCUUGAAGAUGGCAAACAUUGGCUGAAAUGUUUUGUAAGUUUGUAGCAUUUAUGCUUCCACAAGUAUCAAAGCUUAAAGUUGCCCUGAGACUUUAGGGGGGUGCUUGUAUCCUCAUAGACAUGCCCUCCCCUUUGGAAGUGGUCCUUUGUAGGGCUGUGCUGUUUACCUACUUUGAUCACCUGCGUUUCUUUUUUCUAGACUUGGUAAAGAUUAUGAAGAGCAGUGGUAAUUCACAGGUAAUAAACUGAAAGGAAUUGGACUCUACUAGUAGUGCUAUGAAAGUAGGGGAGAGGAAACGGCGCUUCUGUCCUACAUGGUAACCUGGCUGGAGAUGUCUCAUUUUCAAGUCCUGCUAUUUAACCCUCACCUCAGGCUUUAAAGGGCAGGGAGUGAAGAAAUCAGUCUUCUAGGACACUGGUAAUGAUGUCACCUAAACUUGAAAUGUUAAAAAAAAAGAUUUGUGUUCUUAACCACGUGAAAUCUUUCUCCUACCUUCUCAAAUGCAAUCCUAGGAAUGUUGCCUGUAAACACAGCAUUUCUGGGCCAAGAAUACUUUCAGUACAGCAAGGCUUCAUGUUCUAUGGAGUGCUGCACGCUCCAUCAUUUUUAAAGGACAGAGACAUAAAUGAUAAAUAACAGUAUAUAAAAUACUACAAUCUACCACCUCAGAAAAUGUCAUUUUAUGGAGUUUGGAGCUUGAAGUAUUGAUUGCAGUCUUAUUUUGAAAAGAAUGCUACAACUUACGUGGUUUUUCUUCCUCAUGUUUAUAUUAAAAGAAAAGCUAAUAAACUCUAUUUUAAUUAAAA